CGGGCGCGCGGGCUGCCUGCUGGGGGCGGCAGCGCCCCCUCCUCCUCCUGCGCCUCCGGCGCCGCGGGCUCCGCGGACAUGGCCGCGGCGGUGGCGGUGGCGGCUGCGUCCCGGCGACAGUCGUGCUACCUGUGUGACCUGCCCCGCAUGCCGUGGGCCAUGAUCUGGGACUUCACCGAGCCCGUCUGCCGCGGCUGCGUAAACUACGAGGGCGCCGACCGCGUCGAGUUCGUCAUCGAGACGGCGCGGCAGCUCAAGCGGGCGCACGGCUGCUUCCCGGAGGGCCGCUCCCCGCCCGGCGCCACGGCGCCCUCAGCCGCCAAGCCGCCGCCGCUCUCGGCCAAGGACCUCCUCCUGCAGCAGCAGCAGCAGCUCGGCCACGCCGGCCCCGAGGCGGCCCCCCGCGCGCCGCAGGCCCUGGAGCGCUACCCGCUGGCCGCUGCGGCCGAGCGCGCCCCGCGCCUGGGCUCCGAUUUCGGCAGCCGCGCAGCCGCCAGCCUGGCCCAGCCGCCGACGCCGCAGCCUCCGCCCGUGAACGGCAUCCUGGUGCCCAACGGUUUCUCCAAGCUGGAGGAGCCCCCUGAGUUGAACCGCCAGAGCCCGAACCCGCGGCGUGGCCAUGCUGUGCCGCCCACCCUGGUGCCGCUCAUGAACGGCUCCGCAGCGCCACUGCCCGCCGCGCUGGGCCUCAGCGGCCGGGCCGCCGCCUCACUGGCCGCUGUGUCCGGGGCCGCGGCCGCGGGCCUGGGCUCCGCGCAACCUGCCGAGCUGGGCGCCCACAAGCGGCCCGCGUCCGUGUCUAGCAGCGCUGCCGCGGAGCACGAGCCCCGCGAGGCGGCAGCCAAGGAGAAGCCGCCGCCGCCGCCCGCUCACCGUGGCCCGGCAGACAGCCUGUCGAGCACGGCGGGCGCCGCCGAGCUGGGCGCCGAGGGCGCGGGCAAAGGCCGCGGACCCGGAGAGCAGGACUGGGUCAACAGGCCCAAGACCGUGCGCGACACGCUGCUGGCGCUGCACCAGCACAGCCACUCUGGGCCCUUCGAGAGCAAGUUCAAGAAGGAACCGGCCCUGACUGCAGGCAGGUUGUUGGGUUUCGAGGCCAACGGGGCCAACGGGUCUAAAGCAGUUGCAAGAACAGCAAGGAAAAGAAAGCCUUCUCCAGAACCAGAAGGUGAAGUUGGGCCCCCUAAGAUCAAUGGAGAGGCCCAGCCAUGGCUGUCCACUUCCAGCGAAGGGCUCAAGAUCCCCAUGACCCCUACAUCCUCUUUUGUAUCUCCACCACCACCCACUGCCUCACCUCAUUCCAACCGGACCACACCGCCUGAAGCGGCCCAGAAUGGCCAGUCCCCCAUGGCAGCCCUAAUCUUAGUAGCAGACAAUGCAGGGGGCAGUCAUGCCUCGAAAGAUGCCAACCAGGUCCACUCCACCACCAGGAGGAAUAGCAGCAGUCCACCCUCCCCGUCCUCUAUGAACCAAAGAAGGCUCGGCCCCCGAGAGGUGGGAGGCCAGGGGGCAGGCGGCACAGGAGGACUGGAGCCCGUGCACCCUGCCAGCCUCCCGGACUCCUCUCUGGCAGCCAGCGCCCCCCUGUGCUGCACCCUCUGCCACGAGCGGCUGGAGGACACCCACUUUGUGCAGUGCCCUUCAGUCCCUUCUCACAAGUUCUGCUUCCCUUGUUCCAGACAGAGCAUCAAACAGCAGGGAGCUAGUGGAGAGGUCUAUUGUCCCAGUGGGGAGAAAUGCCCUCUGGUGGGCUCCAAUGUUCCCUGGGCCUUUAUGCAGGGGGAAAUUGCAACCAUCCUUGCUGGAGAUGUGAAAGUGAAAAAGGAGAGAGACUCAUGACUUUCCGGUUUCAGAAAAACCCAGUGGUUAUCCUUAACUAAAACUGCUUGAAUUGUAUAUAUAUCUCCAUAUAUAUAUAUCCAAGACAAGGGAAAUGUAGACUUCAUACACAUGGCUGUAUAAUUUUGAUUUUUUUUGAAUACAUUGUGUUUCUAUAUUUUUUUGACGACAAAAGGUAUGUACUUAUAAAGGCAUUUUCUUCUUUUGUUAACGUUA